AUGCCUCGCUUGAAAGUUACCCAAAACGCUCUGCAAAACAACGAGCUAGGAGAAGAGAGGUUAACAAGUGGGUACUACAUUCAGCCGGAUCCACUACAUAUUAUGAUUGUGGGACAAAGUACGGAGAUUUUCUAUGCCAAAAUUGCCCUUGGAGCACAAAAGGGAAAUCUCAAAUCAUCAAAAACGCCUCUGACUAGACCUCAGAAUAAUAGUUGCUACCACUUCGAAUGUCUAAAUACAAAGUCUCGUUGUACAAUCAGAAGUUCAUUGAGGCACCUCAGUACUGAAGCUCUUACUACAGAUCCGCGAACGAGGAGGUAUGAGAUGGAGAUAGGAUAG